AUGUUCUUGCGGAGGGCUACUGAAAGGAAGGCGAAUGUGGUACUCUUUGGAGAAGCACUUCCGCCUCUCGCUCUGGCAACGGCUUUUGAAGCUGCCCGCGACUGCGACCUUCUCAUGUGCAUCGGCAGCACCUUGUCGGUCUAUCCCGUUGCUGCCAUGGUUCCUGAAGCCAAAGAGUGCGGCGCCAAAUUGCUGAUCUUGAACCAGGGCCCAACGGAGUUUGACGAGCUUGCCGACAUACGUCUUUCAGGCUCGAUCUCCGGCGUGCUCCCGCAGAUCUGCGGUUGCGACUCGAAGCUCUGA